AUGCCAAGAUUGGUAUCGCCAACAACCAAGUCCCCUCCUUCCCCCUCCCCCUCUCUGAUUCUACCAAUGAUGCUCGACUUCGACGACCCCAUCGACGAGCUCGACUUCGACGACCAGAACCCCGACCCCUCCCUCGACACCACCGAUCCCCUCUCCUCUGCUGGCUACUUCUAUGACCCUCUCUCCGCCUCCCUCCGCCGCAGCUUCAAAACCCCUCGUAACAUCCACCAGUUUUCCGAUCCACAAACCCACAAUCACAUUCUCCACUUCGCCACCGUCGGAUACGGACGGGAUGAUCGCGCUAAGGCCGCGUUUGGCUCCGACGACCUCCCCGUCGACGACGACGUUAGGAGAUUGGCUGCUCAGGUAACCGCCAUCGAAGACGCGCUUCUGAUUCGAAGCACUUCCCCUCUCAGGAAAGGUUGGGGUGAUUGGUUCGAAAAAAAGAGUGUCUUUUUGAGGAAGGAUAGAAUGUUUAGGUCAAAUUUUGAAGUUCUGAAUCCGAACAACAAUCCACUUCUUCAAGAUCCGGAUGGUGUUGGUGCUUCUGGGUUCACCAGGGGUGAUAGGAUCGUGCAGAAACUGUGGCUGAACGAGUUCAAGAAGGCGCCGCCGCUUACCAGUAAGAAGGUUCUCCUCUCCAUUAACAACAACAAAAAUUACAAUAAUGUAGAUAGUUUGAAGAGUGAUAGGAGAGAGUUAAGAACAAAUAGGGUGAGUGGUGGGAUCAAAGGAGGUGCAGAGCGUAGGACUUUGAAUGAUGGGAAUGAAUCUAUAGAGGAACAUGGGAGUGAUGUUGGUGGGGAUUUGACAGGCAAGGUUCUUUCAGUGACUGCAAGUAAUAGUAGGAAAGGCAAGAGUGUGGAUUUUGGGAGGGAUCAUGUGUAUGCUGACGAUAAGACUUGGGGGUACUACCCUGGAUUGCCCCUGAAUUUGUCGUUUACCAAGUUCAUGGAAGCUUUUUUCGGGAAGGGGAAAUGCAGUAUGAGGGUGUUCAUGGUAUGGAAUUCACCGCCUUGGAUGUACAGUGUCCGGCAUCAGCGUGGCCUUGAGAGCUUGCUCUUUCACCACCCUGAAGCCUGUGUUGUGAUAUUCUCGGAGACAAUGGAGCUCGAUUUCUUCAAAGAUACCUUCGUCAAAGAUGGUUACAAAGUUACUAUUGUCAUGCCAAAUCUUGAUGAGCUGCUGAAGGGUACACCGGCUCACAUUUUUUCGUCGGUUUGGUUUGAAUGGAGAAAGACCAAGUUCUAUGCUACUCAUUACAGCGAGCUUAUCCGUCUUGUAGCUCUCUACAGGUAUGGUGGGAUCUAUCUGGACUCGGAUAUCAUAGUUUUGAAGCCAAUAUAUUUCCUUAACAAUUCUCUGGGUAUGGAGGAUGAUCUUGAAGCUGAAAAAGCUUUGAAUGGUGCUGUUAUGGCCUUUGAAAAGCACAGAUUCUUUAGCGCCCCAGAAACAGAGACUCAGAAAGCAUGGCAAGAUGCUCUGCUAGAAAAUGCUCAGAAUUACUGUAAAAUGCUGGCUUACACCAAUCCUGUUUGGAGCUUCCCUACAGCAGCAAAUGUCAGAAACUCUGUGGAUCUUUGUCUAACAUUUUGUUCUUGUAGCCAUAUUGUUGCUCUUAGUAUUGCAGUUCAGAAGACACCAGCUGGUUCUCUUGUACAAUUUUGUUGUAUAAGUUGCAGAGAUAUAGUUGAUUGA